AAUAAUAAAUGUUUAUUAGUGCUGAUGCGUCCCUUCACCCUAAUUAGUAAUUGGGCCAUGGCCCAUAAGGUUAGAAGAGUAAUUUCAUUAUCCACCUCUUUCUCCUCUUUUCAAGGCGGUGACCCUCACUUUCAUUUCUCCUCGGCCUUGUAGCAUCUCUGUGUACGUUAGCUUCACAUGGCAACCUUAUCUCGACCCCCGCCGUCGAAGGCUCUCAACGUAGAAUUAACGAUCAUCUCCGCCAAGCACAUCAAGAACGUCAACUGGCGGAACGGCGACCUCAAACCCUACGCUGUCUUCUGGAUCGAUCCGGAACGCCGCCUCUCUACUCGCUCCGAUGAUUCCGGAUCGACUCGGCCCGUCUGGAACGAGCGGUUCACGCUGCCCCUCACCGUCCCGCUCCACGAUGCUGUACUCACCCUCGAGAUCUUCCACUCCAAGCCUUCCGAGACUCCGAAACCCUUGGUCGCAACCCUCCGUGUGGAACUCAAGGACCUUCCUGACCCGGAAGAUUUGACCCGGAUCCGCACUUACCCCCUCCUCCGCCCCUCUGGCCGCCCCCAGGGAAAGAUCCGUGUGAAACUCGCACUGAGGGAACGGCCGUUGCCACCACCGCCAGAUUACCAUUAUGCCCCUACUUCUAGCUAUUAUUAUGCCAAUGCCCCUCCGCGAUACUCCCCUUCUCCCUACGCUCCUCCUCCACCACCACCUCCUCCUUCCAUGUCCCCUCCUCUGCCGCCUCCUGCAGUUCCAUAUAGCACGAUUCCCGAAGGGUACUCUCCCUAUUACUCGGGGCACUACUAUGUGUCGCCGCCACCUCCAUUGCCACCGCGGCCCUUUUACGAGCGAUCUGGGACCUUCGGAGGGCCAUCGGCGCCUGUGGAUUACUCACCUUAUGAGAAGCCCAGAAGUGGCUCGAAGAUGGGGUUUGGGACUGGACUAGCUGUGGGUGGCCUGGCAGGGGCAUUAGGUGGACUGGCACUGGAAGAGGGGUUGAAGUAUGAAGAAGAGAAGAUUGCUGACAGAGCUGAGCACGAAGUCACUUCCAGGGAGAAGGAUGAUUACAGCGACCAUCUUUAUGGUGAUUACUGAUUGCCUUAUGGACUAGUCACGGCGGUAUAGAUACGUAUGUAAAUAAUUGUGAUUUGGUAUUGAACAGUCUGUAUCCUGCACUUAAAACUAUGGAAAUGUUUUAUGCUGUUUCUGCUGAGGAAUAAAUGUUAGUAUUGUGUUCUAGUCGGAUGUUUGUCAAAUGUUGAUGUGUCGUGUGAAUGGCUGAAUUUGAGACUUCAGAGAGUAUGUUUUGAUGCUACUGAUGAAUUGAGUUAGAAAGCAAGCAAUGUGAUUGAACGCAAAAGUUUGAAU